AUGCGGUCCUACACUUUCCUGUUGUUCGCCCUGUGCCCCGUCUUUUCCCUGUCGGCAGCGCAGACAGCUUCCGCAACACCGGAAUCCUCAGCAGAAACAAGCACAAUAGAGGCGACCACCGGAGUGACGACCAGCCCGACGCCAACAGUCAGUUCGGGCGGAGGCACUUCGUCGAACGCCACCACUUCUCUCGGUGGCGGCUCUGGCACCACUACAUCUGCUGGUAGCAGCAGCACAAAGGGGCCCCCAGAUGUGCUUCUGAAAGUUCCCAACCUCUCUGUUGGGAAGAUCGAAUUGAUCGUAGAUAACCUUCAAGCGGAGAUCAACCUCCAAGCAGAGAUUGCUUCCCUCGUGACCAUCAAUGCGGGUGUCGAGGUCAGCGUGUCGAAAGUCAACAUCACCAUUGCGGAUGUUGAAGCCGAAUUAGAGCUGAUCAUCCGGCUGGGCAACUUGGUUUCCAUCGUGAACCGAACGCUUGCGACCCUGGACUUGAAUCCUCUGCUUAUCAACCUCCUGAACGAGGUCACGGAUGUUGUUACUGAAGUAGUUGCCGCCGUGGACAGUCUUCUGGGCAGCAUUGUUCAAGGCAACUCCAAGAUCAACUUCAUUAUUGACAACCUCGGAAACAUUGUCCAAGAGGUCGUCGGCGACGUGGGCAACACUGUAUCCACCAUUGUGGGCAACUUCGACCAAAAUAUGACGUUCACGGGCGAGGCGAAGACCUUAUCAGGUGGCCUGGUACAAAAGACGUACAAGUACGAUCCCCUGGGUACACUGGUCAACAUUAUCUUCAACGCACUCGGGCAAGUCGUCCAGGCGACAGUAGCCACCUCCACCUCAUCGGGGGGAUCGGCGAGCACGACCAGCGCGACGACUGCGACGGCAGCCACCUCGGCGCCUGCGAGCACGUCAGCGGCGACGACUGCUACAGCGGCUGCAAAACUUUUGGUAUAG